UCCUCCAUGUGACAAGAGAAGCGCUUCUGCCCAAUCCGAAUCGCAUGGCUCGAGUUACUGGCUCUCUCUCUCGCGCUGCUCCGCUUCUGCUCGGUUCACUCACUCAGCAGUCUCUCCCGGGCGGGUGGCGCACCUACCCACCACUUCUCACAUCAUUCAGCUCGAUUACGCAUCGUUGUCUGAAGAUGACCGUGACUAUUGCGGGGCCAUCCACGAGCCUAACCUCCACCAACCGCGGAGAGUAGAACCGGAGCCGAGGAGAGAUAGAGAGAGUAACCCACCUCUCUCUCGUCUCUCCCCAUCAUCUGCUUCAAUCAUCUGGGCAAACCGACAGCUCAAGACGCAGCGAUUUCUGCUGAAAUCUAGCUCUCAAACACACUCCUGCUUUUAGCUCUCAAGACGCGUCUCAUCUGGCUAUUGUGGAAGUAAUUUUUCUUUAAACUGUAUUCACUGAAGAUGGAUAAUAUAAACGUGGAGUCGGUGGAGAAGGAGUGCGGGGCGCUUGGUGGAUUAUUCCAGGCUAUUGUCAAUGAUAUGAAGUGUUCUUAUCCUGUCUGGGAAGACUUCAGUGCCAAGGCCACCAAGCUGCACUCUCAACUCCGAACCACAGUUUUAUCAGCAGUGGCAUUUCUGGAUGCCUUUCAGAAGGUGGCGGAUAUGGCAACCAACACAAGAGGUGCCACCAGAGACAUCGGAUCAGCUCUGACCCGCAUGUGUAUGAGGCAUCGCAGCAUUGAGGCUAAACUACGCCAUUUUACAAAUGCUUUGAUGGAGAGCCUGAUCACUCCUCUACAGGACCGUAUAGAAGACUGGAAGAAGACUGCCAAUCAGCUGGACAAGGACCAUGCCAAAGAGUACAAACGGUCUCGUCAUGAAAUAAAGAAGAAAUCUUCAGACACCAUGAAAUUACAGAAGAAAGCCAGGAAAGGCCGAGGGGACCUUCAACCACAGCUGGACAGCGCAAUGCAGGACGUGAAUGACAUGUACCUGCUGAUGGAGGAGACAGAGAAGCAGGCGGUGCGGCGUGCUCUAGUGGAGGAGAGAGGACGCUUUUGUACCUUCAUCAGCUUCCUGCAGCCUGUAGUGAAUGGAGAGAUUGCCAUGUUAGGAGAGAUCACUCAUCUCCAGGCCAUUAUUGAUGACCUCACCGUGUUAACCUCAGACCCCCACAAACUUCCCCCGGCCAGCGAGCAGGUAAUAAAAGACCUUAAGGGCUCAGAUUACUCUUGGUCCUAUCAGACUCCCCCCUCUUCUCCCAGCAGCUCCGCCUCCAGGAAAAGCAGCAUGUGCAGCAGUGUAAACAGUGCACAUAGUAGCGCCUCUCGAUCCUCUGGUGGCUCUCAGACUCACUCACCCAGUUCAUCCUGUCGCUACCGCAGCGUGGCUCAGCCGCUAACAACCGCUGCACACCGCCUCAGCAGCGUCUCCUCACACGACUCCGGCUUCAUCUCCCAGGACGCCAACGUCUACUCCAAACCCCCAUCGCCCAUGCCCUCCGAUAUAACCAGCCAGAAGUCAUCUAGUUCAGCGUCCUCGGAGGCAUCUGAGACCUGCCAGUCAGUUAGUGAGUGUAGCUCUCCAACCACAUUUGGCCCGUCCUUCGCUACCUUCCGCCCUGUUCUCUCUCACACUGGCUCCAUCAGGCCUUUCUCUGUCAUACUUCCUGAGUCCCCACCCUAUAACCGCUCCCCCGGAUCCAACACACCCUCUCCCACAUCCAAGGUUCCUUGCUGGAAGGACUGGUCCAAGAUAGGUUACAGUGAGCAGCCGCUGGCCAGCACACUUCAGAGGAGGAAGGAGCCACUGGAUAGGCUGAGGGAGGCAGAAACCUCUCCUCAGUCACAGGCGUAUUCUGGGAUGCAUUCGGAAGACCCCCAGAAGCCAAGGAUGACCCCGGCCACUAUCGCUGCCAAGCAUGGUGAGGAGGUUUCCCCAGCCGCUAGUGAUCUAGCUAUGGUCCUGACACGAGGCCUCAGCAUGGAGCAGCAGAAGAGCAGCCGAGACUCCCUUCAGUACUCGAGUGGAUACAGCACUCAGACAACCACCCCAUCCUGCUCAGAAGAUACCAUCCCCUCACAGGGCUCCGAUUACGAUGGUUACUCCGUGAACGGAGACACUGAGGCUAACGGUCAGGCUGAUUUCGAUAAAUCCUCCACAAUUCCCCGUCACAGUAAUAUCGCCCAGAACUACCGGCGCAUGAUACAGACUAAGCGUCCUGCCAGCACGGCAGGCCUGCCCAGUGGAGUGGGCGCUCUGUCCGGGACAGCCACCAUUCGCCGAACACCGUCUACAAAGCCUGGGGUGAGGCGCACCCUCUCCAGUGCUGGCCCUAUUCCUAUACGCCCACCCAUCGUGCCAGUCAAGACCCCCACUGUGCCUGACUCACCUAGUGGGUACACAGGCCCUCCCGCCCGUGUGGGCAGUGAAGAAUGUGUAUUUUAUGUGCCGGAUGAUGCCUCUCCGGGAGCGCUGGAGUAUGUGAAGGCCUCUCCAAAGCGGCUGAGCCUGCCUAACACAGCCUGGGGCUCAGGGGGUGUAGGCGGCUUAGAGAUGAGCGUCUACGGCCAGCCAGGUGAAGAAGAUCACCUGCUGGCUGCCAAUCGCCACAGUCUGGUGGAGCAGAUCGGGGAGCUGGUCGCCAGCGCUCAUGCCUUAGGUGAGGGCCAGUAUCCUUUCUCCUCACUUCCAAACCAGCCCCCACCAGGCCCCGAGUCCCAACCUGAUCCUGAAGUGCCCCAGGAGGGUGAGGACAUGCUGAGAGCUAUUCGCCGAGGGGUGCGACUGCGCAAAACCACCUCCAAUGAUCGCUCUGCACCCCGGAUUUUGUGAUGCCUCCCGGGGAGAUGGGAGAAUACAUGUGAAGUAACACAGAAAAUAAAAUCACAAUGACUCUUUAGAAAAUGAGCUAUGAUAAAGAGGAUUACAAAAUUAAAUGUUUAAAGUCAUUGUAGAAAAUAAUGUAAAACAGUAAUGAACAAAGUAAAUGAUAUUAUGUAACAGCAGGCCCAGGCCACUAUAACUCUUAGCGUGUUCGAACACAUGUUUGUCUUAUUAACAGACACAUCACCGCGGGAUAGUCUAACUGUAGUGAGACAAUUAACUACUGACGGAACAAGGGACCGGGAUGUCUGGGGGUUUUUGUGGUCUCCUCCAGUUCUCCGCAUGGUCCCAGUAGAAUAACAGCCCUCCCCAAAUGAUGGACCCCAGGAAUCAGUGCUUGAGAAGCUCAUGGGAUAUGCAGGGACUCGUGCAGUUCCUUGUCCUCCACAACUCUCUCUCCAACCCAGCCCUCACCUCCAGUAAAAUUGACAUAUCAUCUUGAAAAUCAUGUGGUAUCGCUGUUGUGUGUUGGUCUGCAGUCUGGAGGUGAGCAGGGCGCUGCUGCAGGUCAGCUUGUGGUUUCAUAGAUAGACAGGAUUUAUCUUUUGUUCGUACACUUCUCCCAAGAGUAGGAAAGGUUUAUGUCAGGUAUGUGGAUUUUAUAGAAUUAGGGUGAAAAAAAAACACCAUGAUAAUGUGGAGCAAUAACAUUUUUUUUUUCCUUUGAUGGGGGAAGGAUUCAAAGAUCAGCUUUUAAUAAAGUUGUUCCUUUUUGAUGUUCAGGUGUCUUUGGGAAAGCAGUUGCUAGUUAUGGCUUAUUUAAAAAGAAAACGAGAAAUAGAAAGGAUGCAGAGCACUUUUAAGGCGUAGUUUUGACCGAUAGUUGUCACUGUGGCCACACUGUGUGUGGUGAAUGCUGUGAGACAGCGCGGUCACGUGCCCUGGUACACAGGGAGACGAAUGUGUGUAGCAAUGUGAUGAUAUAAGAGAGAGAUAGGAUGUGAAGCAGAGAUGGAGGUAAGAAAAAUUAUUUGGCAACAUUUUACAGUAGGAUCAAUUUGUUAACAGUAUUAGUUAAUUGAAUGUAUUAGGUGUCAUGAACCAACAACGAACAGAAUUUAUUCAUCUAUGUUCAUUUCUAUUUAUUCUAGUUCAUUUUCUAUAUUUCGAGUUGAAUAAAUUAGCAUCAGCUAAUGUAUUAUAAAGUUGGAGUCAAUAAAAUAUUAAUACAUUUAUUCAGCAAGUAUGUAUUAAAUUGAUGAAAAGUAACAGUAAGGGCAUUUAUAAUUGUUUUCUUUCUCUUUGUCAAAUAAUCCUGCAAAAAUGGAUUAUGGUUUUUCACAAAAGCAGCAAAACAAAUAAUCAUUUCAGCCCUGAUUAUAUAAAAAUACGAAAUAAACUGCCUUGCCACGGCAAUAAUAAAAUACAAUUUUAAAGUAUAUUAAAAUAGAAUAAUAAUAUACACCCCCCCCCCCCCCAAAAAAAAAAAAAAAAAAAACUUUUGAACAGUGGCAUAUAUUUAUAUAUUAGCAUUAACUAGAUAAAUUAAUAUUUUUAACAAAAAAAAAAAUCAUUGUUCAUGACACCUCACAACACCUAUUGCAUUAACUGUUAACCAGUUGAAUCUUAUUGCAGAGUGUGACCAAUGAUCUUGAAAGGGAACUGGUUGAUGCAUUAUAUUUAAUUUCCAAUCUGAGCUUCUAAAAUAUUUUUCAGGAAAUGUUCUUUUACUUGUCAAGCCUCAAACCACAGUCCUGUGAUAUAUCUCUAGGAGGGGUGGAGACAAUGAGCUAAGAUGAAGGCACACACCUGGCUGACAUUUUUUGGGGGACUUAAGAAUGAACUUUGGAUCUGCAGAGGGAAGAAGGGAUGAAUAAAGGAGGUGGAGAGAAUGAACUCUGGGAAGAAAACUCAUCCAGUUGUUUAUGAUAAAAGCAUUCCACUGCCUGUUUUAGAUGAUUCAUGAGUAAAUUCCUAUGACACAAAAGGUCGCUGGUUGCCCUGGUUGAAGAAAAAACAAUGCUCUGUGAUGAUACUGGAUGUGGAAGUGAUAUGUAGGAGGUCAAAACAUAGUUUUAGUCAUGUAGUGUCUGUUUGUGAGUGACUUUCUGUUCUCCCAAGACUCCCUAUAACCCCUGCGGUCAUAAAUAGUGCUGUUGCGCCAGACACUUGCUCCUUACUCUGCCUUUUGUUUAGUUUUUUGUUUGAAUUUUAUUUUGCAUAGAGCACUCUGUUUUAGGAAUGCCUGUAGCGUGUUCAAAAGGAAAAA